AUGUUUCCCUACGGGAUCAUAUUGUUACCAAAUUUAACAGAUGAAGAAGAUGCGGAGAGUGAAAGCCUUAGGUCAUCAAAGUUACCCCCGCCAUCCAAGAUCAUGAUGGCGGCACAGCCUACUGCAGGACCAUCAAAGAGCAGUUACCAAGAACACAAACAGGAACGUGUUGUCAAGAGAAGGAAGACCAAAGCAGAGGAACUCAUUGAUUGGCAAAUUUUAUACUUUCAAAAUCAGGUGGAAUUGGCACAGCAAGAGAAGGAAAUCAAUCGGGUGAAGCUGAGAGUGAUGGAAAAAUAUGAAAAAAACUUGAUACAGAGGAAAUAGACGGAUUCAUCCGGACAACCUUCUUCGAGAGUUAAACAUGAACAUGUGAUAUGGUUUAUUUCAUCCUGGUUUUCAUGGCGUUUAUUUAUUAUUUGACUGUUUGCAAUUUAUGUACGAGCUUGUAAAGUUACCUACAUGAUGUGUUUAAUUCAAUGUGAAUCGUCUGUCUGCAAUAUUUAGGCCAUUCUGAGCGAUUUACCUUACUUGCCAAAAUAAAGUGAGCACGUGAAAAAUCCAUGUAUCCAACCGGUGUUGUUUUUCAUUAAUAAGUGCCUUUACACAAUACACAAACAAUUAUGAAUGAAGAGCAAACAAUGUAAGAAUUAUUAUUUUUUACUUUAAGAGGUGUAUGAAGAUGUUGAUAAUCUAACAGCGAUGAUGAUAAACUAACAGUGGUGAUGAUUAACUAACAGUGGUGAUGAUGAACUAACAGUGGUGAUGAUGAACUAACAGUGGUGAACUAACAGUGGUGAUGAAGAAUGAGCAGUGGUGAUGAAGAACGAGCAGUGGUGAUGAUGAACGAGCAUUUA